AUGGCUCAGAGAGAUGCCUUUCCUAUUUCGUAUUACGAUGAAAACGACAUUUGGCCUCUCCUGCGGCCAUCUAUAGAGGAGCGUUUGCCUCUGGAGCCGCUUUUGCUGCGGGGAGUUUAUGGAGGGGGCAGUGCUGCUGCUGCUGCUGCUGCAUGCAGCAGCAGCGCAGUAAACUUGUCUUUUGUUGCGCAGUCUGCCUUUGUGUCUGGGGCCCCCCCGCCGCCAGCCCAGGGGCCCCCUGCUGCCUUUUCAGUGGCUCAAAAGGCAGCUGCUGGGGCCCUGGCUUCGCUGGGAGUGAGUGUUGCUGCUGCUUCGCUGGCUGCUGCUGCUGCUGCUCCCGUGACGCCCGCAGCAGCAGCAGCAGCAGCGGAGUCGCCCAGCCUCGUGUGGACAGCAGCAGAGAGGCCCUUCGUGCACCUGCUGCUGCUGCAGUACGACAGCAUUGAGGUGUACCGACAGCAGCAGCGGCGGCUGCUGCGGAUCUGGAGUGAGCGGCUGCUGGAGCAGCACGAGGAGUGGCUGGUUGUUGCUGCUGCUGCCUGCAGCAGCAACGAAGCAGUGGUGAAGCAGCAAAAGAAAUUCAUCGAAAAAAUCCGCGCAGACCUAGGCAGCAAAGACAGAGUCCUCCGGCUGCCUCUGGGAUCGAUCGAUCCCAGCAACAGCGCCCUUGCGGAGCAGCUCUGGGCGGCUUUCUUCCAGCGGCUCCGCGAGGCGCUCACAAACGCGGUAGAGUACCGCAUCAUGCUCGCUGAGGACGCAGUGCAGCGGAUGCAGCAGCAGUUCCAGCAGCAGCAGCAGCAGCAGCAGCAGGUGUUGUCCGCAAGCGUCUUGGCUGCCAGAGACACGCUCGCCUGCCUCCUAGGGAAAUGCGGCCGAUACAGCGACGCCCUGCGAGUCCUCGACGCGUGGGAGGGCCCCUCUCUGCAGUCCCUGCCUCGCCACCCAGCAGGAGCAGCAGCAGCAGGAGCAGCAGCAGCAGCAGUGGGGGACGCGAGUUUCGCCGUGGGGGGCACUGACGGGCUGCCGCUGCUGGCCUGCGAGUGGCGGGCUGCUGCGCUGUCUGUACA